AUGGUUGGUUGUGAGUGGGAUGUCUACGGUACUGUACCACAUGGCUACGGUACUGUACCACAUGGCUACGGUACUGCACCACAUGGCUACGGUACUGCACCACAUGGCUACGGUACUGCACCACAUGGCUACGGUACUGCACCACAUGGCUACGGUACUGUACCAUAUGUUUACGGUACUGCACCACAUGGCUACGGUACUGCACCACAUGGCUACGGUACUGCACCACAUGGCUGCGGUACUGCACCACAUGGCUACGGUACUGCACCACAUGGCUACGGUACUGCACCACAUGGCUACGGUACUGUACCAUAUGUUUACGGUACUGCACCACAUGGCUACGGUACUGCACCACAUGGCUACGGUACUGCACCACAUGGCUACGGUACUGCACCACAUGGCUACGGUACUGCACCACAUGGCUACGGUACUGCACCACAUGGCUACGGUACUGCACCACAUGGCUACGGUACUGUACCACAUGGCUAUGGUACUGUACCACGUGGCUACGGUACUGCACCACAUGGCUACGGUACUGCACCACAUGGCUACGGUACUGUACCACAUGGCUAUGGUACUGUACCACGUGGCUACGGUACUGCACCACAUAGCUACGGUACUGCACCACAUGGCUACGGUACUGUACCACAAGGCUACGGUACUGUACCACAUGGCUACGGUACUGUACCACAUGGCUACGGUACUGCACCACAUGGUUACGGUACUGCACCACAUGGCUACGGUACUGUACCAUAUGUUUACGGUACUGCACCACAUGGCUACGGUACUGCACCACAUAGCUACGGUACUGCACCACAUGGCUACGGUACUGUACCACAUGGCUACGGUACUGCACCACAUGGCUACAGUACUGUACCUCAUGGCUACGGUACUGUACCACAUGGCUACGGUACUGCACCACAUGGCUACGGUACUGCACCACAUGGCUACGGUACUGCACCACAUGGCUACGGUACUGCACCACAUGGCUACGGUACUGCACCACAUGGCUACGGUACUGUACCACAUGGCUACGGUACUGCACCACAUGGCUACGGUACUGCACCACAUGGCUACGGUACUGCACCACAUGGCUACGGUACUGCACCACAUGGCUACGGUACUGUACCAUAUGUUUACGGUACUGCACCACAUGGCUACGGUACUGCACCACAUGGCUACGGUACUGCACCACAUGGCUACGGUACUGUACCACAUGGCUACGGUACUGUACCACAUGGCUACGGUACUGCACCACAUGGUUACGGUACUGCACCACAUGGCUACGGUACUGUACCAUAUGUUUACGGUACUGCACCACAUGGCUACGGUACUGCACCACAUGGCUACGGUACUGCACCACAUGGCUACGGUACUGCACCACAUGGCUACGGUACUGCACCACAUGGCUACGGUACUGCACCACAUGGCUACGGUACUGUACCACAUGGCUACGGUACUGCACCACAUGGCUACGGUACUGCACCACAUGGCUUCGGUACUGUACCAAAUGGCUACGGUACUGUACCACAUGUCUACGGUACUGUACCACAUGGCUACGGUAUUGUACCACAUGGCUACGGUACUGUACCACAUGGCUACGGUACUGUACCACGUGGCUACGGUACUGCACCACAUGGCUACGGUACUGCACCACAUGGCUACGGUACUGUACCACAUGGCUACGGUACUGCACCACAUGGCUACGGUACUGUUCCACAUGGCUACGGUACUGUACCACAUGGCUACGGUACUGUACCACAUGGUUACGGUACUGCACCACAUGGCUACGGUACUGCACCACAUGGCUAUGGUACUGCACCACAUGGCUAA